AUGUUGCCCGUCCUCCUUCCUACACCCCCAGGUUCCAGACCAGAGGUGCUCUUGGUUUCACUGUACGUCACUGCGGGAGCGGAUGGAAGUCUACCUCAUACGUCCCUACAUUGCACAGGCUCCUGCAAACGCCCAAUCGCUAUUGGCCCAGGACGCGACCAUCGUCUCGUUCGGAGAAAGUCGAAGCUUACUAUGCCUGUGCCUCCUAGGACCAAGUUACCCUUCCCACUGGCGUCCAAAGUCGCCAAGCCAUGCGUAGCGCCCUCGUUAGAAGGUUUCGAUAGCGCAUUUACGAUGGAUGAAGACUUUGGCAGCUAUGUCCAAACCCAUCGCGAAGUAGCAGGACGUAUGAGCCUCCCCCUGAGAAUAGGGGCAUGUGCUCCGCGUGCACGAUACGGAGGUACGCCUGGUAACUAUGGUAUUCUAUAA